AUGUUGUUUCCCGUGUUCGCUUUAGUGUUCAUUACUCUCCAAGUACUUGCACCAUUUUGCUGCAAUCCAAUUGGCUAUAACAGUGAUAGCGAUGAAGUACAAAGAAGUUUGGCCAAUACGCAGACCUAUCCCGGUGAUAACAGAAUAAUAGCAGUCGAUCAACACAAAAGUAGAAUGUUCAAAACCCAAAUAAGAAAAGACGAACAAAAUCGACAAGAAGACAUUAUUCAGAUACCAGAUGAUGCAUUCGUAACUUGUAGAGGUGGGUGUCCGACUGAAGAAAUAUGCUCUAUAACGAAACCUAGUGCGACAGAAAAAUACUCCAAGGAAAAAUUUUCUACAACCCAUUGAGGAUAUAAUACG